ACCUCGACCAACUGAUCAAAACGCAUACAUAACUCCGUCAUCUUCCGUCUUUAACUCCAAAAUUCAUUUAUAACUUUUAAGCAACUUUCAUUUCAUAGAUCACAUAAACUCGAGAAUUUUGGAAUAGGCAAAUGUCUAUAUCCCUAAAAAUUUCCCACAUUUCAACAUUCUCCAACGAUAGGUUCAAUAGUGUAGAGCUGCGAAAGCAAUGCAGAGCCGGUCAAAGGUUUGGAAUUGGGUCGAUUUGUUUCCGUAGAAGCCCUGGUGUUGAAUCUAGACGGAUCCAUUUGAACUCGGACUUGUCUUCUCGGAAUUUGAAACUCCGAUGUGUGGGAUCGGAUGUGCUUACCGGUGAAAUCUCCGGUAGAUCAGUACCGGAGUGGGCUUAUAGCGGCUUAAAGGAUGAGACUUUAAGCGAUCUGGAGCCGGAGCUUGAUGAUGGUGAUGGCGGCGAUGGGGAUGGGAAUAAUGACGGCGGUGGAAAUGGUGGUAAUGGAGGCGGAGGAGGAGGAGGAGACGGAGAAGGCGAUGAUGGAGAGGAUGAAGCAGAUAAAGCUGAGGAGAAGGAGUUUGGUCCGAUAUUGAAGUUUGACGAAGUUAUGAAAGAGACAGAACGUAGAGGGAUUACGUUACCGGAGGAUAUGUUGGAGGCGGCUAAAUCUGUGGGGAUUCGGAAACUGUUCCUUCUUCGUUACCUCGAUCUACAGGGUUCUGUUUGGCCGCUUGGGUUUCUGAUGAGGUCAUGUGCGAUGCUUCGAAAUAGAAUGCUUGCAGAUCCUUCAUUUCUUUUCAAAGUUGGAACCGAGGUAGCCAUAGACUCUUGCUGUGCAACUUUUGCAGAAGUACAGAAAAGAGGGGAAGAUUUCUGGUCAGAGUUUGAGCUGUAUGCUGCUGAUCUUUUAGUUGGUCUUGUGGUUGAUGUUGCGUUGGUUGGAUUAUUGGCUCCCUAUGCACGUAUUGGGAAGCCGUCCGUGGCAUCAUCAACAGGUUUAUUCAAGGACCUUAGACGUGCUUGUGCAUCCCUUCCUAGCAGUGUUUUUGAAGCUGAAAGACCGGGAUGUAAAUUCUCAGUUAACCAGCGCAUUGCAACGUUCUUCUACAAGGGACUCUUGUAUGGGUCGGUUGGAUUCGGCUGCGGCCUCAUCGGUCAGGGAAUUGCAAACCUGAUCAUGACGGCAAAACGGAGUGUGAAGAAAUCAGAGGAAGACGUCCCUAUUCCACCUCUUUUCGAAAGCGCUGCUCUAUGGGGUGUGUUCCUUGGCUUAUCUUCCAAUGCGCGUUACCAAAUUGUCAACGGCCUCGAACGCGUGGUGGAAGGUUCUUCCGCGGCCAAACGCAUCCCUGUGGUGGCCAUGGCAUUCACGGUGGGAGUCCGGUUUGCUAACAAUGUAUAUGGCGGUAUGCAAUUUGUAGAUUGGGCCAAAUUGUCCGGCGUCCAGUAGUAAACCAGCCUAGAUGUUUCCUCCGAAGAUACUAAUCUGAUGGGGGAUGUUGGUUAUCUAAAUAUCGUUAAUGAGAUUAGUAGUGUAUUUUAGCGAGAGCUAGUGAAAGAAUGUGGUCAGUGAGCUGUACCGGAUUCUUCUAACCGGAAUACUCGAGACAACAAAUUUCGAUUUGGUUUUUGGAAGUUGAGAAUCUCAUGGAGUUUAGUUUUCUUAAUCGUAGGCAUAAUGCAAUACUCUUGAACAUUUUAUCAGCAUUUAGCAUCUGCAUUUUAUAAAUAAAUAAAGUGUCCACAAAAUAUUUUGCGAA